UCCUGUCGAAACUCUCACAGUGGGUCGGAAUAAACACAAGAACAGAGAUUCCUGCAUCCAUCUUCAUCAACAUGACAUGCUUUAUUUGCAUUUCUGUCUUUUGUUUGUCUGCAUUUUUAAUGGAGGCGCAGGGUACGUAUGGCCCCUACUUACAGAACCAUAACCAGCUCUAUGGAGACCGGCAGAGAUCUCACUUCACCCCCAAUAUGCCUGGUCCUGGACACGGCAACUCCAUCAACUUUGGAGCUCAUGGCUUUAAUCACAGGUUUUACAGCUAUCAUCAUCGCAACCCUCAUCAGCACCAUCACCAGCGGCCGCCCUGGAAAGGGCCUCCCUUUAUCUACCACCGUCCUGCCUUACCUGUCCGGCCCAUCUCACCUGUCCAUCCUGUCUGGUCAGUUGUGCCCACACCUCCCAAAAUUCCGGUGGUGCUACCUGUCCCUACAGUGCCCAUGCCACUCACCAAGGUAGCCACCCUACCCCCGCCACCUCCAACACAGACUACAACCACUACAACCACAGCAACCACAACAACCACAGCAAUCACAACAACCACAACAACCACGACAACCACUCCAGAGCCGGUCAGUACCCCUCAUGGCACACCUGCCCCUGCCGAACCUUCCACUGACCCAGCUCCAGCAGAGCUCUGCAAGAGUCGUCCUCUAGACCUGGUUUUUAUCAUUGACAGUUCUCGUAGCGUCCGUCCUGCAGAGUUCGAAAAGGUCAAAAUCUUCCUCUCUGAAAUGGUUGAUUCUCUUGAUAUCGGAUCCGAUGCCACACGAGUCGCCCUGGUCAACUACGCCAGCACCGUCAACAUUGAGUUCCUUCUGAAAAAGUACUUCAGUAAGGCCGAGGUCAAGCAGGCCUUUUCCCGUAUUGAUCCGCUCUCAACAGGAACUAUGACUGGCCUGGCUAUCAAAACCGCCAUGGAGCAGGUUUUUACAGAGAGCGCUGGGGCCCGGCCACUAAAAAAGAACAUCGGUAAGGUGGCCAUCAUUGUGACUGAUGGAAGGCCGCAAGAUAAAGUUGAAGAGGUGGCAGCAGCAGCAAGGGCUUCUGGAAUUGAAAUAUAUGCUGUCGGAGUGGACAGAGCAGAUAUGCGGUCUCUCAAACAGAUGGCCAGUCAGCCUCUGGAUGACCAUGUGUUCUAUGUGGAGACAUACGGAGUGAUCGAGAAACUAGCAUCUAAGUUCAGGGAGACACUCUGUGCUGAUUUUGCAGGUUUCGAUGCUUGUGCGCUUGGGCACAACUGCCAACAUAUUUGUGUCAACAACAAUGCCUCUUAUUUCUGCGAGUGCAGAGAGGGAUAUGUUAUCAACUCUGACAAGAAAACGUGCUCUAAGCAGACCAAUGAAGAGGCAAGAGGAGACCUGACUGAGAAUGCCUGCAUGUGUGAAGCUCAGAUCGCAUUUCAGAGGAAGGUUCACAACAGUAUACAGUCUCUCACCAGCAGACUGGAUGACAUCUCAAACAGAGUGCAGCAGUUUGAUCUCCGUCGUGCCUAGAGUGGAGGAUGGGACUCUAAACAGCUUGUUCUAAAAAGAAAAAGGAAGAAGAAU